ACAAUUCAUGCAUUUCAAAGAAACAAACCGGCGAUAGCAAAAACGAGACGGAUCUGCAUUAGAUAUACGCUUCAGCUAAUGUCGAUACAAUUCUAAUUUGUAAUUCAAUAAUGUCGUGGUUUCAGUCGCACCAAACGCAGCUGACUCAUCAUCCACUUCCACAUUCAACAUGGACGAACUGGAGCGCGUUAAACAACACUCGGACAUCUGUUGUGCGGUUGAAGCGGGAGACAUCGCUAGGCUGCACGAGCUAAUCAACGCCGGGAUUCUGCGAAAGGGCGAUAUAACACAUCCAAGGUGCUUGCUGCUUCUGGCGAUCUCGAGCCGGAACUUGGAGGUGGUGAAACUGGUGAUGGAAUACUUCGAACCGGAUCCGAAUGCUGCUAACGAGGACGGCGGUACACCGUUACUUUACGCCUGCCAAGUGGAAUGUCCAGCAGAGAUAAUCAUUUAUCUGAUGGAGCAUAGCACCAAGGACGAUAGUCUUUCGCCGUUGGAGUACGUUCUAUUUCAAAAUCGUGUCGAGCUAGCAAAGUCUUUGAUUGCGUACGAAGCAACCCGCCCAGAGCAACCGGCGAAACAUUUUACGCCAGCCCUAUACAUUGUGGCCGUAAAAACGGGCAAUCUAGAGCUGUUGCAGCACAUGCUAGAAGCUCUCCACAAUGCUGGCCACUCGUUUGUGACGGAACAAUUCCAAGGCCUGACGGGAAUGGAGCUGUUUGCUCAAAACGCUGCGUACGCGUUGGAAACGAAGGUGGAGUGCUUUAAAAUGUUUUUCAAUGUAUUGCACCCGGCCACGCACACGGCGGAUCCGGUGCGCUACAAUGUGAACGAUAUUGUAAACGUGGCCAUACUUAGCACUCAGGCGACCUCGCUGAUACCGUAUUUCAUUGAAAUGGAAAAGAAAUGGGAAACACGCCCGUCGAUUAUUUCGCUGUACGAACGCCUGCUCGCCGUUGGCUACGAUAUACUCGCAUUUGCCGUGCUGUGCGAACAUGGACCGGUUACGAUCGAACGAGAGCAGCUAGACGCAAUGCUCGAAAAAUUGCAUCGGUUUCAAUGGGAAUCAUGGGUUGCACCACUGAGGCAGAUGUUCGCCAACGCUUUCGAACCGAGCGAAGCAGAUGAUGCGCCAUCUCCAUUGGAAGCGAUGCAGCUGUUGCAAGACUUUGCGGCAUUCACCGAAACGAUCACGCUCAAGUUCUCCUCGUACCGGUUACACGAGGCCGUGUCGGGAGUGUUUCAGGAAAUAUCAAUUAAUAGACACCAGCUGUACCAAGCGUCGUUCCACCGUGCCAUCGAGUGCAUUAUGAUCAUGGAAGGCUGCAGUGCGGACGAUCUCGUCGGGCUUAUUCUGUGCAUAGAUAGCUGGUACGAUCGAGCGUUGCAGGCCUUUCCGUUUCUUAAGUACUGUAACUUUGUGCUGAUGCGACCGGACUGGGUCGAUGUGGAAGAAAACAACCGGCUGAUGAAAUGGUUUGUGCAUCUGUUCGGUCCAUGGAAAGCGAUCCGCCAGUACGUCGGCAAGCCGGUGCUGGAAGUGUUCACGCUCAAACGCUUCGCCCGGGACGUGGUUCGGGAUGCUGUAUGGCGUGGGGUGGAAAAAAAUGAACCAUCACAGUGCAGCUUCCUCGACCGGUUGAGCUCGUUAGAUGUGCCGAAGGAGUUGAGCGACUACCUUCGAUACUGCGACUACAGUUCCAUCCGGUACUUUCUAGAGCAUUUCGAUGCGGUCGAAAAGUUCAUGAAGGUGGACGCAAAUAAAACAUUGCCUUAUCCAGUGGUUUUAUAGAAUGGGCUUAUGAAAUCCCACUUUUGAUUGCUGGCAAAACUGUCUCUGGUAUUAUUUAUGUUGAACUAAGCGCAAAAGUGUGCUUUCUGGAGAAAUAUUUGCAGUUUUGAACCACACUAAUGCAGUCUAUUUACUAUGAACAUUUGAAUGUCAAGAUCCUUUGCUGCUUGCGGCGAUGAUAGCAAAUCAGUUCUGAUGCGGAACAGAGAUAUGUACGGAAAUUUCGAGAUUUGUUAUACGUUAAAUUUGACAUUAGUUCCUAAGCCAGGAUGGGGUGUGAUAACAAUUCCAGGACUUAGAACAUCACUCCUUACAACGCUUGCACGUUACUCCUAGUGCGCCGCGGUCUGAGGUUAAAAACAACCCUUCCAAUUGUUCCGUGUCGUUUUGUAUUUUGUCUGUAAAAUGUGAACAAUAAACACGAUACAAUGUAUGAGAA